ACAGCAGCAUGCCUUUACUAUAUUUAGAGUGGAUAAAUUAGAAGAAAUAAAGAGGCUUUCAUAAAAUGUAAUGUUUUCUAUUGGCAUUAACAUUUCUUACUAAUAUUAUGUUGCAGACUGACUGGGAGGGGGGUUUUUUCCCACUUACCCUUCACUUCAGUGAAGACUACCCUAGCAAGCCUCCAAAGUGUAAAUUCCCACCAGGUUUCUUCCACCCAAAUGUAUACCCAUCUGGAACUGUUUGUCUAUCAAUUCUUAAUGAGGACAGUGGUUGGAGACCAGCAAUAACCGUGAAGCAAAUUCUUGUGGGCAUUCAGGAUUUACUGGAUCAGCCAAAUCCUGCUGAUCCUGCACAGACAGAAGGGUAUCACCUCUUCAUUCAGUAUACAUCUUGCAAACUCUGAAGGUUGCAUUCCCACAUUUUCUGAGGUGAUGGCAUAUUAUUGGGACGUCCAGUAAAGUCACAUCUAGCGUCAUUAAUCCUGGCAGUGGCAAUUAGCAUCAGAACUCACC